UGACAUGCAGCACGUACGUCUAACUUGGCUUUAUUUAUUCUGGAAAGAGAAGUAGUAACAUUAAAAGAGCUGCAUUCAGUGGAUCAUACUCGGUCGAGAAGCCUACCCAUCUUUGCUUUUUCCUCCACAUCCUUCCCUUUCUGCUCAAAGUUACUCUGAGUCGGAUAUUUCGUACCAUGGCAAUUAAGUUCUUGAUGGUUCUCUGCAUAUUGGCUUCAAUAUGCUCCUUGGCUAUUCCUUCUUCCUCAAAUGGAUUGUUGAGAAUCCCAUUAAAGAAAGAACGUUUGAAUCUUAAUAAGAUAAAAGCGGCCAGAAUAACUGGGAAACAGGGAAAAUAUGCCACACAGAGCGAUUUGCAUAAUUUAGGUGGUUCAGCAACAGAUGUUGUCUCAUUGAAGAACUGUUUGGAUGCUCAGUAUUAUGGAGAGAUUGGAGUUGGUUCACCACCACAAAAGUUCAAUGUCAUCUUUGAUACUGGCAGUUCAAACCUUUGGGUUCCAUCUUCACACCGUAACUUUUUAAUGGAUAGCUAUGUUCAUUCUAGGUACAAUUCUUGCCAAUCCAGUACACAUACGGUGAUUGGUAAACAUUGUAAUAUCCAUUAUGGUUUUGGAUCAAUUUCGGGUCUUCUUAGCAAAGAUAAUGUACAAGUUGGAGACCUUGAUGUCAAAGAUCAAGUACUCAUUGAGGCUACAAAUGAGCGAGGUUUUCCUAGGGUACAGACAAAGUUUGAUGGGAUACUUGGACUUGGGUUUCCAGAAAAUUCUGCGGGGAAUGCUAUGCCAGUUUGGCACAACAUGGUACAACAAGGUCUGUUAAACCAGGAAAUCUUUUCCUUAUGGUUGAAUCAGCAUCCAGAGAAAAGUGAGGGAGGUGAGAUCAUCUUUGGUGGUGUUGAUCAGAAGCACUUCAAGGGCGAGCAUACCUAUGUUCCGGUUACUCAAAAGGGUCAUUGGCAGAUUGGGUUGGAAGAUUUUCUUAUUGCAAACCAUUCAACAGGUUUGUGUGUGGUUGGCUGUGCUGCUAUAAUGGAUUCAGGCACAUCCUUCAUUGCUGGACCGAAAGCUAUGGUCACUAAAAUCAACCAUGCCAUGGGAGCAAAAAGAUUCAAGAGCAUGGAAUGUAAAAAAGUUCUUUCCCAAUAUGGAGAUAUGAUGUGGAAUCUCUUGCUGUCAGGGCUACAGCCUGACAAAGUUUGUUCAAGUAUUGGGCUGUGUUAUAAUAAUGGGUCUCGGCAUGUGAUCAGCAAGAUUAUUGAAACAAAGGUUUUACAUAAGAGUGGGAAGGAAUUUUCAAUUCGCGAGGAUCUUCAAUGUGCUGCCUGUGAGAUGACUGCUAUAUGGAUCCAAACCCUUCUCAGACAAAACAAGACCAAAGUCAAAAUAUUUGAAUAUUUAAACAAGCUGUGUGACAACUUGAAUCCAGUGGGAGAAUCAGCUGUCAAUUGUGACAACAUUCGAAACAUGCCACACAUUUCAUUUAUCCUUGGGAAUAGAUCCUUCCACCUGACACCUGAACAAUAUGUCCUGAAGGUUAUAAAAGGAUUCUCUUCCUUCUGCAUCAGUGGCUUUAUUCCUUUAGAUGUUCCUCCUCGACGAGGUCCACUCUGGAUUCUUGGAGGAAUCUUCAUGGAAGCAUAUCACACAGUGUUUGAUUUUGGCUAUCAUCGAGUAGGAUUUGCAGAAGCUGCUUAGUGAUCCUCCAAUAAAUAAGACAGUGAUAUUACUGAGAUGGAGGUAUGGUAGGCUGUCCUUGAAUGAUAGAUGGCUAAUAACGAAUGUUAGAUGUGUACUUUAUGGUUAGAUGAUGCUUGUGCAUGGUCGUGUGGUUCAUGUAUUACUAAUAAACAGUACUGAUGGGUAGAUAAUUUUUAUGUAAUAUUAAAUCCAAUGCUUUUUAGAUGAUUCAA